AAAUUGACUAAAACCGGUAAUAUUACAAACUCUUAAAUUACAACGAGAAUUAAAGAAACUGAAUACAUUGCAAGUUCUAUCUAUCCAUAAUACAUGAUAGGUUGCGAUGUAGUGAGUUCUUCAUCCUUAGAUUUAGUAAUAAUUUGGAACUGAGCCAAAAUACCCAAUGUUUCGCUUUCCGUAAAAAUAACCCAUACGUGAUUUCCAGUAUUCAGUACGAAUAAACGUGUUUAGAAAGCUGCUUCGACAUUUCAGGAUUUAUUAUUAUGAUUAACCAAAACCAGAGCGCAUGUGCAGAACUCGCUGGAACUGCGUACGCAUAGCUGGGGCAGUCGUCGCUCCUUCUCCGCAGACGGCAAACUGCAGUGCACAAAUUCCUUGAGGGUUUAAGCGAGAGGUGAUUCGAGAGCUGUACUCAGCCUGUGGGUAGAUGUCGUAUGAUCUCCGUUAGUCCUAGAUCUUAGUUAGUUAGACUGUGCUUGCUUUUCUACGUGUGACCUAACCUGCUACGUCCUUUCCUUCAACCGUGAGAGUGUAUGUUUCAGACGAGUUAGGUAUGAAGAGAACGGAGCAGCAGCAGGACAAAGGAAACACCAUGUCACGCAGCGAAUCCACGGUCAGCCGCCGCACACCACACACACCACUCGGUCUACCCGACAGCGUCAGCGUAGACUCCAACCCAAUGCUCACCAUAUACCGAUGCCGAGCACCCAUCGCAUCACUGGAUUGUAUGGACGAUUUUAGCACAAACUCUGCCUUACACUUAUUUCAACCAGCCAGUUGGGAAAAUAUGGCACGUCAGUCGUCAGUGUACAUGGGGAACCACGCAAGUAUGCCAUCGUCCGUGACUCCAGGACUUCGUUACAAAAACAUGGGCAAGUCAGGGUUGCGAGUGCCCAACAUCGGCCUUAGCCUGUGGACUAUGCUCAACGAAGAUGUCACUGAAGACCUCGUCAUGACAGCACUCGAGAGUGGAAUCAAUUUAUUUGAUUUAUCUAAAGCUCAUAACCCACAAGGUGAAGCAGAAUUGGGCAGAAUUCUGAAGAAAAGAAACGUGAAACGGUCCAGUAUUAUUAUUACAACCAAAAUCUAUUGGAGUACUAAGUGUGAAGAAAGAGGUCAAUCUCGAAAACAUAUAAUAGAAAGCGUGAAGGACUCGCUGGGGAGGCUCCAGCUGGAGUAUAUAGAUUUAGUUCUUGUACAUAAAGUGGAUCCCGUAUGUCCGAUGGAAGAAUUGGUCCGAACAAUGAACUACCUCGUAAACCAAGGAAUGGCGAUGUAUUGGGGUACAGCGCGCUGGACUCCAUCCGAGAUAAUGGACGCGUACUCUAAGUGUCGAUCUUUCAACUGCUGUACGCCGGUUGUCGAGCAGACUGAGUACCAUAUGUUCUGUCGUGAAAAGACCGAACUGUACAUGCCAGAAGUGUAUCAUAAAAUUGGAGUAGGAACAAUGGUGUGGUCUGCACUUACUACUGAUAAGGGUCUGAACCAUGAGGAGGUGGCAGAGUUAUUCGCCAAAUCUCGCUUCAACCGGAAAUACAGCACAUUCAGCUGGUGGGAGGAAGAAAUCGUUGCUAACAAUGAACUCGAAAACAAUGAAUCUACAGUAGCCGAAGAAUCACGAAGUUUUAAGGACAAACUACGAGCUCUCUCCGACCUAGCCAACGCCUUGAAUUGCUCGAUAAGGCAGUUGUCGGUGGCGUGGUGUCUUAAAAAUGAAAAUGUAAACUGCUUACUUCUAGGCGCUACAAGUGUCGAACAAUUUAAAGAAAAUAUACACGCACUGCAGAUCGUGCCUCAAUUGUCUCCGGCAGUGAUUAUGGACAUUGAAAAAAUUCUGGCAAACAAGCCGCAACGACCCCCGAUGAUCUCAACUCUGACGAUGAGAAACCAACAGAACGCCAAACCAGACGCUGUUGAUGGCAUAGAGACGCCGAAAGAAGAUGAUGUAGAAGCGAACGCUGUAACCCCCGAGAAGGAGGAAGUAGUCAAGGGUUGUGCAGUUCAAUGACAUUGGUGGAAAGGAAGCUCUGACACGGCUUCCAAGUCUAGUAAAUCUAAGGACUCGCUGCUAAAAGACUCAAAACCAAAGUUCUUUUUGAACAACGCGGGUGCGGUGAUACGGCGUGUAGAACACGAUGGCGUGACAUCUGAUACAGUAGUAUCUGUAUCUUCUCUAAAGGGUAAACAACCAGCAUCAGGAGGCAGCAAGGGUAAGAAGUCUAAGUCGGAAUCCUCUCAGUCUCGGUCUGCCUCGCUGCAGCGCUCUACGUCAGGGCAAUUAGCGAGCUCCCGAGACCGUAAAAUGUCUAGGUUCAAUCUGGGAUCACCUGCUGAUGUAUAAAGUAUGAAACAUGGUGGAACCCAGGGCUACAUGAUGGUCAGAAACCUUAAACCGUAAAUAAGACAUACAUUUGUAAUUAUGUCACUCAAGGACAAAAACAGACAUGGUUUAUCACAAAUUAGGUAGAAGUGUCAAUAUAUACUUAUAUACAAUAUAAAUUCGAUAAGGAUAAGUGGGGGCAAGAUGAAAAAUGGGGAAAGUCAAAAAAUCCUCUAUAACACCAAUUUUAACGUAUUUUUGGUGUUGAAUUAUUUUUUUAAAUCCGCCAGUUUCUAACGUUCCAAAACAUAGUCGAAGUUAGCUGCCCAGAGUGCUAGAAGUGAUUUAAUCUUACCCCGUGAACUGUAAAUGUUUAAUUACAAGAUAAGUGCGACUGUUUCAUAAUAAUAUUUCACCAUACAAAAUCACAUCAGAAUACGGCAUUUUUUUUUAAUUUAGGAAAUAUCUCAACUUUCCAUAUUUAACCAAAAAAAAUGACGGGGUAAAGUUACCAAGUUUCAUUCAAAAAUUCAGUUGUUCUCAAACUUUAACUGUUAGCAGGAAAUAAAUUGGCAACGUACCUAGUUGAUACUUCCUAUUUUAUGACUAUCUAUAGGUUCAUUACGGAAUAACGAUAAUUAAAAAUUAAAUAUUUUAAGAUAUAGAUAAGAUUUUUACUUAAAAAAACAUUUUAGUUUUGCAAUGACUUGGAAAGGUAUCCAUAUCAGACAUUGACAAAAUUAAUAUUUAAAAAAUAUUUUAUUAAUGAUGGUUGAUGGUAUAUCGUGUAAUAAUACCGAAUUAUUUAAUAAUUGUAAUUGUAUUAUUCAGUAACAAUGCCUCGUAACUGCAUCUGAAAAACGUUACGUGCAACAUCGGGUUUCGUGAAUGGCUUAAAAAACUGAGAUGGCUAAAGUUUGAGAACGUCUUUUUCUUUCUUUCCCCGUUGGGCUAAGAUUGAUAUAUAAAAUCAAAUUAGUUAAAUAGUUAUUUUUUUACUUAACCCAGAUGUGGGUGUUUGUACGAUUUUAGAUUUUUUUUAAUCUUUCCUCGUCACGUUUUCAUCUUUACCCUAUUUUGUAGUCGUCUCUUUUUUUUAUUUACUUAUUUUCUCUGCUUUAAUUUAAUAAUAUGUUAUUGAUAUGAUAGAAAAGCAUAGUUUUUGCUCGUUACUCAUCAAAGCCAUAAAUUAGUACAGGUUAAUAUUUAUUGUUUGUUCUACAAGAGGACCAAACACAACUCUGCUCAUCUCAUCAAAACCCGUUCAAUCUUGUCCCCACUCACCUUUUAACAUAUUAACGUUUUGUUUUAUCGUUACAAAAGAGAAAAAAACAUAUUGACUAGAAAAUAAGUGCCUCCGUUACGUACCAAAUUAUGUAUAUUUUGAGGAAAGUAAUUUAUAGUAUAUCGUUUAGUACCUAUGUAGGUAAAAAUAUUUUAGAAAUUGUUAUAAAGUUCUAGACAUCAUUUUUCAUUAAAUAUUAUGGUAUAAAGUAUAUAUUAUAGCUAUAAGGUCAAAUAAAUCAUUACGCACUGUCUAACAUAUCAAUUGUUAUAACAAUGUGAUUGUAAAUAUAAAUUUAAAUUAAAGAGAUAAUUUUCAGAUUUAGUUUUAGUGAGUACCAUACGCACUGUUGUUUGACUUAACUAAAUAAUCCAAUCAGUCUUUAAAAUGUUUGUAUAUAAUAUAGUG